AUGGGGACUUCUUUGAAUAGCGGUUUACUUCAGGGACCUGAUUUAACAAACUGUCUACUAGGUGUUCUCUUUCGUUUCCGACAGGAAGAGGUCGCCAUUAUGUGUGAUACUAAAGCUAUGUUCUACCAAGUCCAUGUACCCAAGGAGGACAGCGAUUGCCUUCGAUUCUUUUCGUGGCCAGAGGGAAAUCUCCAUAAAGAGCCAACAGUGUAUCGUAUGCAAGUUCAUCUGUUUGGCGCCAUAUCUUCUCCAAGCUGUUCAAGCUUUGCUCUUCACCAUACAGAAGAGGAAUUCAGUGAUAAAUUUAAAGCAGCAGUCAAUGUGAUAAAGAAACAUUUCUAUGUAGAUAACUGUUUAAUCUCUGUGAAGUUGGAAGAAGAGGCUGUAGGCUUGAUUGAGGAAUUGGUUGCUCUUUGCAAGAAAGGUAGCUUUCGAUUAACAAAGUGGAUUUCCAAUAAUCGUCGUGUGCUGGAAUCGAUCUCGGUAGAAGAAUGGGCAAAGAAUGUUAAGGAACUUGAGUUAGAGCACCAACGUCUCCCAAAUGAAAGAGUGCUUGGUGUUGUCUGGUUUGUAGAAUCUGAUACGUUAGGCUUUAAAAUUCAGCAACACAAUAAACCACCUACAGGGCGUGGUAUUCUGUCAACAGUAAGCUCUGUAUAUGACCCUUUGGGGAUGGCUGCACAAGUUGUUCUAAAUGCAAAACUACUUCUUCCAGAUCUGUGCUGGCGCAAUGUUUCCUGGGAUGAAGAAAUCAAAGGAAAUGAUUUAAAGAUUUGGCAACAAUGGAUAAAUUAA